AUGACGCUCAAACCAACUUUCAAGCCGACCCUUAUCCUUCAUGGAGGCGCAGGCGCCAUCCACCGCUCGACGCUCCCACCAGAGCUUUGGGCGAAAUACGAAGCGUCCCUCCUCACCUACCUCCGCGCCACAAGGCACUUGUUGGACAAUGGUGCCCGCGCUCUUGAUGCCGCCAUCCAUGCGGUCUCGCUCAUGGAAGACGACGAGCUGUUCAACUGCGGUCGCGGUAGCGUGUUCACAACUGCGGGAACAAUCGAAAUGGAAGCUUCAGUUAUGGUUACGACGGUGCGAGGCGAGGACGAUGUGCCAAAUAAUAGUGACACCAUGAAACGCGGUGCGGGAGUCAUCGGUAUCAGAAACGUGCGGCAUCCUAUACAAUUAGCUAGGGAAGUUCUUACCCGCACUGGGCAGGAUGAGAAUGGGGAUCCGAAGGGUGGAGAUGGAAGCCGAAAUGCGAGCAUGCAUUCGCAGCUCGCGGGGCCGUAUAUCGAAGAACUAGCUCGUGAGUGGGGUUUGGAGUUCAAGCCGGAUGAAUGGUUCUGGACCAAAAAGAGAUGGGAGGAGCACCGGAGGGGGUUGGAAAAAAGACAGUCGCAGGUUGAAUCGGAGCCAGUGCUUGGAUACGGCUACCCUAGUCAGGGCACUGUUGGAUGUGUCUGCCUUGAUCAGUGGGGUGACCUCGCUGUUGCAACGAGUACAGGGGGGUUGACGAACAAGUUGCCUGGUCGGGUGGGUGAUACGCCCACUCUCGGAGCAGGAUUCUGGGCGGAGACCUGGGAGGUGGAAGUCGGGGAUCAUUCCUCCUCUUUACCGAUGCGUCAGCCUGAAAGGAUGCAAUAUCGACAAUCUAGGGCUGAACAAAAUCCACUUCUUCGCGCGCGUCAAAAGUCCAUGUGGGACAUAACCCUGGCAGACUGUUGGCCUGAUUUUUACCAUUUCUUCAAGGACCGGCCUUCGUUCGAGACGGAUCCAUAUCUGGACACGACGGUUACUCUUGUGAAGCCUUCGCACCUGGACAUAAAGUCUAGAUGCCUCCAGUACCAGAAAAAAAGACGAGCGGUGGCCGUAUCCGGUACGGGGAAUGGAGACUCCUUCCUCCGCACCGCUGCCGCUCGCACCGCAUGCGCGAUGAUGCGGUUUUCACACGAGACAGUUAGUCUUGCGGACGCUGUUACGGCCGUUGCGGGAAUUAAUGGCGAGUUGCAGCGCUCGGCCGGUAGACGGUGGGGCAAGACUGGCGAAGGACAGGGCGGUAUCAUAGGAAUUGAGGCUGAGUUUGAUGUUGCGGCAGCGGGAUACGGCUUGCGCCGUGGGAAGGUUGUUUUCGAUUUCAAUUGUGGAGGGAUGUUUCGGGCUUGGUUUGAGGAGGGUGUAGACGGAAGUGAUAUUGAGCAUGUUAUGGUUUUUAAAGAGCCAUAUAGAUAG